AUGACGAGCAGCAGCACUCGACAGGGAAAAAUCGACUCUCUCAUUAGCAGGGACGACGGAAGAAAAUACUGGGAAGGUGUCAACGCCGAUGUCAAUGGCAUGCUCGGCGGCUACGCGAACGUGAGCAGGGUCGACAUCCAGGGCUCGCGCAACUUCCUCGCCAAGUUGGGCAUCGGAUGCAAAUCGAAUCAACGUGUCGCAGCUCAUGCUUUGGAAGGCGGUGCUGGUAUCGGCCGAGUCACAGAAGGUCUGCUGCUUGACGGCAUUGCUGAAGAGGUGGACGUGAUUGAGCCCAUCUCCAAGUUCACCGCCGCGCUGCAGGGAAAACCUGGCGUGAGAAGCGUCUUCAACAUGGGCUUAGAAGACUGGCAGCCAGAAGAGGGCGUCAAGUACGAUUUAAUAUGGAUUCAGUGGUGUGUAGGCCACUUGACGGACGAGCAGUUGAUUCACUUUCUGGGCCGGUGUAAGACAGCAUUGAAGGAAGGCGGAGUUAUUGUCGUCAAGGAGAACAAUUCUACGACCGAGGCAGAUGAUUUCGAUGAAGUCGACAGCUCUGUCACCAGGGAGGACCGUAGCUUCCGGCGGCUUUUUGGGGAGGCAGGCCUCCGACUCGUCCGGACCGAGCAACAAAGGGGCUUCACAGGAAUUGGCCUGCUGCCAGUCCGAAUGUAUGCGCUGAAGCCAGCACAAUGA